AUGAAGGCAGGAUCAAAAGUCCUUUUAGGACUUUCUAUUCUGUUUUUCAUUGUCGGACUGUCCUGUUUCGGGAUUGGACUGUAUUCCUCUCUGCCGAAUGUGAAGUUUGAUCUACUAUUUGACUUGGAGGAUAACUUGAUGGUUCAUUCAACCAUCGCCGAAAACCGUACAGAUUUCCAAGAAGCUCUGAUGCCCCUCCGCAAAUUCGCUCGUGAACAAGUAUUCAAGUUAAGGAAUAAGACUGGAAGCUCAAUGUUCUUGCUCAUUUCCAUGUUCUCAUGUUUCCUGGCAACCCUCAUCUUUAUUGCAAUUAUGAAAUUAUGUUAUGUGAUGGAAAACUCGAAAUCAACUGGUUUCACUAAAUACCGCAAGGACAAUGUUCAAAUCAAUGAAGGUAAUCUAGUAGCCGAAUUGGUGCGGAAAGAGAUUGAUAAGUAUCAAUUCGUUGCAGAAAGCACAAUUGAAACUGAUGGCGAGGCUGACGAUGCUGUUCUCGUAGGGUAUAAACAAUCUUCCCGAGUUCAACAAGUUCAGCGUGGCGGAACUGAAGCCGGAGCGUUUUUUGGAGAUCCAAAUGAAUAUUAA